AUGGUGUUUGUGUUUCUCAGAAGAUAUCGAUUGAGGAUGAAUCCACUGAAAUGUGCCUUCAGAGUUACUUCCGGCAAGUUCCUUGGCUUUAUUUUGAGACAUCUAGGAAUAGAAAUUGAUCAAGCCAAAGUUGAUGCAAUAUUGAAGAUGCUCGAGCCUCGAAAUAUUCAUGAGUUAAAAAGUCUCCAAGAAAAGUUACCCUACUUGAGGAGAUUCAUCUCAAAUCUAGCGGGGAGAUGUCAACCAUUCGGUCACCUCAUGAAGAAAGGUGCUGCUUUUAAUUGGGACCAAACAUGUAGUGAUGCCUUUAAAAGUAUCAAAUCGUAUCUAGCAAAACCUCCAGUUUUGGCAACCCCUAUACCUGGAAAAUCAUUGAUACUUCACAUUGCAGCACAAGAAAGGUCUGUAGGAGCCCUGUUAGCUCAAGAGAAUGGUGAAGGCAAAGAAAAUGGACAAGCAUUAGCGGAUUUCUUGGCAGACCAUCUGAUACCUAAUAAUUGGGAGUUAACUGAUGAGCUUCUUGAUGAAGAUGUGAUGUCCAUUGAAAUUGAACCUCCUUGGAGAAUGUGCUUUGAUGGGGCCGUACAUCGUGGCAGAGCUGGCGCUGGCGUAGUGUUCAUCACUUCGCAAGAAGAGAUUCUACCAUUCUCCUUCACUUUGAAGCAAUGUUGCUCUAAUAAUGUCGAUGAAUACCAAGCGUUGAUACUUGAACUUGAGUUGGUUGUCGACAUGAAGUAA